CUAACAACAUUACCGCGAAUGUCACUACCGCGAACGACAUUACCGCGAAUGCCACGACCGCGAACGACAUUACCGCUAACGCCGAUACCGAGAACGACAUUACUAGAAACUGGAAACACGUGA